UAAAAUUUACACAAUAAUAAAUAAAAUACAUAUAUUUAGAAAAUUGAAUAUCCUAUUUAAUGAAAGUAUUCUAAAUUGUUCUUUAGAAAAUAUAAAAAUAUCACAAGUAAUACCUUGAAUAUAAUGGAAAAGACAGUUUUAAACAGUUGUUUAACAUUUAAUAGUUGAAGUCCAAAGUAAGAAUGACUUCGGAUCUGUCUUUUGGCAUAAAAAUUAGCUUUCUGGAAGGAUUAUUGUAGAACUGUUAAAAAGCACAGGAUCUAUUGUUUCAUACCUAUCUUUGUGUUGUUAUCAAUUAAAGGUCUGCCCUGGUAUCUUUCUUAAGGGAUUGACACUGCUUACUAACAGUCUGUGCGAAAGUCCGUCGGUCCUCGGUCCUGGCCGAAUAAAAAUCAUGCGGUCCGAGAUAAAUUUCCUUUCCGUCAGUCCUCAUGUCCGAAUAAAAUUUCAAAAAGUUAAAAAUAUUAAUGACCUGAUUGAUAACAAGUACCCCGUGAUGCAAAGAAUUUAUUAAAUAAGAUAUUGACCAACCUUAACUCUAUUUUGUAGACAUGUCAAAUAAAUACCAGUCAACUCUGUCUUCAAAAAGUUUCAUCAACAACG